AUCAUGGAAAACAACGAGAAAACAACUCUGUUCAAUAAAGUCUUCUCUUGGUCUGUCCAAGAUAUUCUCAACAAAGAUCUAUACAAGCGACAGAGAAAGACAAUACCAGACAGAUUUGUUUCCACCGAUCAAUACUUCAACUGUUUUGUUCCUCAUCUACUGGAGGAAACGCGAACCGAGUUGUCAUCGAGCGUCAAAUCUAUAUCUAGAUCUCCCUUUUUCCAAAUACGCUCGAUAGUGACAAGGAGUGUUAAAGAAUCAAGUGGAAGCUCAUCAAACAAUUUGCUUUACGAUAUAACCCUAAUGGCUACCGAAUACAGUUCAAAGUACCAGCCAAAGUGUGGAGAUCUUAUUGCUCUCACAAAGGAAAGGCCAAGACGAAUCGACGAUUUGAAGCCCUUACUUCUCGCCUACGUAUUCAAGGUUGAUGGUGAUCUAAUAAUCUCUGUUCAUUCGUCUAGAUCGAUACAAAAUCAUGCGGGAUAUCCAUUUGGUUGUGGUGUUCUUCUCAUGGGUUUAACUACAAACACUCGAAUUUGGAACGCGUUGCACAAUGAAGCUGCAGACAUGACACUAAUCCAGAGUGUUCUGCAAGCAAAUACUCUGGCUGCAGAACAAUGUUUUUGCUAUGGAAAUUCUGUUGAGUUUUCUGACCAUGGUUUGGAUAUAGUCCGUUCAGCAAAAUUGAACUGUUCACAAGCAGAUGCAAUCUUGCGUUGCCUUCAGACAAGGACCUGUAAUCACAAGAACAGUGUGAAACUGAUAUGGGGACCUCCUGGAACUGGCAAAACGAAGACAGUUGCGACGCUUCUCUUUGCUCUUCUCAAGCUCAAUUGCAAAACUGUCGUUUGUGCUCCUACAAACACAGCAAUUGUACAAGUUGCAUCUAGGCUCUUGUCCUUAUUCAAGGAAAGCUCUUCAUCAGAACAUGCUACUUACAGGCUGGGGAACAUUGUUCUAUCUGGAAACCGCGAGAGAAUGGGGAUUACCAAGAAUGAUCAUGUUCUUCUCGAUGUGUUUCUUGACCAUCGCAUAGGUAAACUUGAAAACCUCUUUUCACCAUUUUCUGGAUGGACAGCGAGGUUAGAGUCGCUCAUAAAUUUUCUUGAGGACACGGAGGCUAAGUACAAUGAUUAUGUUCAGUUCGAGGACGAAGAUCAAUUUGAGGAGGAAGAAGUUGUAAACGUUCUUACAUAUGGAGAGUUUGUAAGGAAAUAUUUCAAUGGUUUAAGUGAAGAACUGGAGAUAGAUAUGGUUGAUUUGCAGACACAUCUUCCAAAGUCUUUUGUCUUAUCUCAAGAUGUGGAGAAAAUGAUUGCAGCCCGUGAAGCUCUUCAGCGUGUCAGAUAUUUCUUGCAGGAGAAAUCUUAUGAUUUGAUGAAGGGAACUUUCCAAUUUGAUUGCUUCAACAGACUCAUCAAUUUUGACUGCCUUAAGGCUCUACGUUUACUUCCAAAACGUUUUGAGAUUCCAGACUUGUUGGAAAACGAAGAUGUUAGGAAGUUUUGUCUGCAAAACGCGCAUAUAAUUUUCUGCACAGCCUCAGGUGCUGCUGAGAUGAGUGCGGCAAGAACAGGGAUUAUAGAGCUUCUUGUGAUUGACGAGGCAGCUCAGCUUAAAGAAUGUGAAUCGGUUGCUGCGUUGCAGCUUCCUGGUUUGCGUCAUGCUGUUCUUAUAGGAGAUGAAUAUCAGUUACCUGCAAUGGUUCAUAACGAUGAAUGUGAAAAGGCGAAAUUUGGAAGAAGCUUGUUUGAGAGGUUGGUACUGCUUGGUCAUCAAAAACACUUGCUUAAUGUUCAAUAUCGAAUGCAUCCGUCUAUAAGCCGUUUCCCAAACAAGGAGUUUUAUGGUGGGAGAAUCACAGAUGCUGAGAUUGUUAAAGAAAGCAUUUAUCAAAAGAGGUAUCUUCAAGGAAACAUGUUUGGUUCUUUCUCAUUCAUAAAUGUUGGUCGUGGGAAUGAAGACUUUAGUGAUGGUCAUAGUCCUAAGAAUCUGGUGGAAGUUGCUGUAAUUUCUGAGAUCAUAUCGAAUCUUUUCAAAGUUUCAAGAGAAAGAAGGAUGACGAUGAGUGUUGGGGUGGUUUCACCAUACAAGGGGCAAGUAAAAGCGAUCCAAGAAAAGAUCCGAGAUAAGUACAGUUCCUUAUCAAGUCUUUUCACUUUGAAUGUUCGGUCUGUGGAUGGGUUUCAAGGAGGAGAAGAAGAUAUUAUCAUCAUCUCCACCGUUAGAAGUAACGGUAACGGUAACGUUGGGUUUCUCAGUAACCGUCAAAGAGCCAACGUUGCACUCACUCGAGCGAGGCACUGUUUAUGGGUGGUUGGGAACGAGACGACUUUGGCUUUGAGUGGUUCGAUUUGGGCUAACCUGAUAAGUGAAGCGAGGACACGUGGCUGCUUCUUCGAUGCUGUUGAUGAGAGGAGUCUUAGAGAUGCUAUGAAUGGUGCUUUGAUCGAAGAUGUAUCUUCGAGUUUUGGAUCUCUAUCGAUUGGGAGGAGUGCGAGAAGAAAUGUUUGGUAG